AUGUCUAAAUUAUGGGGUGGUCGUUUCACAGGAGCAACAGAUCCUUUGAUGGAUGCUUUCAAUGAAUCCAUACAUUUCGACAAACAAAUGCAUAAAGCUGACAUAUUAGGCUCAAAAGCUUAUGCUAAAGCCUUAGAAAAACGUGGAAUAGUUACAUUAGAAGAGCGUGACAGUUUAAUAAGAGGACUUGAACAAGUUCUCGAGGAAUGGGAAUCGGGCAAAUUUGAAAUAAAAUCAGGUGAUGAGGAUAUUCAUACUGCUAAUGAAAGAAGACUAGGUGAAAUUGUGGGAAGUGUUGCAGGUAAAUUGCACACUGGGCGUAGUAGAAAUGAUCAAGUUGCCACAGACUUAAGAAUAUGGACAAGGGAAGAAGCUAAAAAAUUGUUGGGCUAUGUUAAACAAUUAAUCGGUGCUGCCGUUGAAAGAGCCGAAAAAGAAAUUGAUAGAGCUCAACCAAUACGUUGGAGUCAUUGGUUAUUAAGUUAUGCAUGGGGUUGGAAAUCUGAUGCAGAACGUUUGGCACAAAUAAUUGAUCGUUUGAAUGUGCUUCCUUUAGGAAGUGGAGCAUUAGCUGGCAAUCCUUUUAACAUUGACAGAGAAUUUCUUGCCAAAGAAUUAGGAUUUAAUGGCGUAAUUCAAAAUAGUUUGUAUGGUGUGAGCGAUCGUGACUUUGUGGCAGAAUUGUUGUUUUGGGCUUCAAUGACGAUGAUACAUAUCAGUAGAUUUUCUGAAGAUUUGAUAAUUUAUAGUACCGGCGAAUUUGGAUUUGUAACAUUGGCUGAUGCUUAUAGUACCGGAAGUAGUCUUAUGCCACAGAAAAAAAAUCCAGAUAGUUUAGAAUUGUUACGUGGUAAAUCUGGGAGAGUUUCUGGCUUUCUAAUGACAUACAAAGGUAUUCCAAGUACUUAUAACAAAGAUCUUCAAGAAGACAAAGAGCCAUUAUUUGAUUCAGUUCAUACAUUGGCAGGAUCGUUACAAAUUACCACAGGUGUAUUGUCAACUCUUAAAAUUCAUCCUGAUAAAAUGAGACAAAACUUAAGCAUUGAUAUGUUAGCCACUGAUUUGGCUGAAUAUCUUGUUCGCAAAGGAGUACCAUUCCGUGAGACACAUCACAUAGCAGGAGCCGCCGUGCGUUUAGCAGAAGAAAAUACUACAACAAUGGAUAAAUUAGAAUUAAAAGAUUUUAAAAAUUUGCAUCCUUCAUUUGAAAGUGAUGUUCAAGAAAUUUGGGAUUAUGAAAAGAGUAUUGAAAAUAGAUCAAGUUUAGGUGGAACUAGUAAAAAAACUGUUUUAGAACAAAUCGAAAAAUUAAAAAUUUGGUUAAAAGAUUAA